CUGCUUUUUUCCCCACACAGAAAUUCAGUGAAUCUGUUCAGUGAAGCUCCUCCCACUGCAAUCACAUCGUCAGUGAAGUUCCUCCAACAACAAUCACAUCAUCAUCAGUGACGCACCUCCCACAAUAAUUGCAUCAUCAGUAAAGCUCCUCCCACAACAAUCAUCAUCAACAGUGAAGCUCCUCCCACAAAAAAAAACGCAUCAACAGUAAAGCUCCUCCCACAAUAAUCACAUCAUCAUCAGUGAAGCUCCUCCCACAAUAAUCACAUCAUCAUCAGUGAAGCUCCUCCCACAACAAUCCCAUCAUCAUUGAAGCUCCUCCCACAGCAAUUACAUCAUCAUUAGUGAAGCUCAAGUGAAGAGGAUCAUCAAAUCAUCAGGAAGAGAUGAAAUCUGCAAAGGCUGAGUUUAUUAAAGGGGACAGAGAGAAGAUAAGAGAUCCAGAACCCUGUAGAAUCAAACACACUGAAGAUACUGAAGAACAAACAGUGUUGAUAGAAGAUAGUAAGGAGAAAGAAGAAUUGAGUGAAGUUGAGGAUAAAAAUCAUGUCAGAAGUGGAGAAAAACCUAAACAGAAAGAUUUAAAGAAAAGAAGAGACAAGAAAUCUUUCCCUUGCACUCAGUGUAGUAGAAAGAGUUUCAGACGCAAAUGUCUUCUCACGCGACGCAUGAGAGUUCAUACUGGAGAGAAACCAUUCACUUGUGAUCAAUGCGGGAAGAGUUUCACACGGUCAUCAACUCUUAUGUUACACAUGAACAUUCACACUAGAGAGAAGCUGUACACAUGUGAUCAAUGCGGGAAAACAUUUUUGUGGUCUUCAAACCUGACAACACACCUAAAACUUCAUGAAAGGAGAAACCACAUUCAUGUCAUUUGUGUGGAAAGAGUUUUUCACUUCUACAAAAUUUGAUAAAACAUCAGAAAAUACAUACUGGUGUGAGAGAGUACAUGUGCUUUGAGUGUGAAAAGACUUUUAUUACAUCUUACCAUUUAAAACUGCAUGAGAGGAUCCACACUGGAGAUAAACCUUACAAGUGUUCACACUGUGACAAGAGAUUCAGUUUGUCAUCACAUCUGAAAAAACACGAGAGGAUUCACACUGGAGAGAAACCUUACAAGUGUUCACACUGUGACAAGAGAUUCAGUUUGUCAUCACAUCUGAAAAAACACGAGAGGAUUCACACUGGAGAGAAACCUUAUAAGUGUUCACACUGUGACAAGAGAUUCAGUCAGUUAGGAAAUCUGAAAAGACAUGAGAGGAUCCACACUGGAGAGAAACUGUAUCAGUAGGUUUGGGUACCGAAACCAGGUACCAAUAUGGCACCGGUAGCUAUGUAACCAGUAUGUACUAGAACCGAAUUAGGAUGCAGAUAUUGGUGUCUCGUGAGUGAUCAAUUGAAAUAUUUGUCCACUGGUUUUCUGAAACAGAUGUAAGAAGCAUCAUCACUGUGAAAAAUAAUUGCCUGACUGAGAAAAUGCAUGUAAACGCAAAUUGAAAAACUGUGAUAAUACAAAUCCAACAAAUCUUUGUAGUAAUACGAAUGUUCGUGCUGUUUUCACAUUGUGACUUAGUACAACUCAGGAAAUGAGAGCAUCUGAGGAGUGUGUGAAUGCCGUAAUUACAUUUGCUCUGACAGCA